AUGAUGUUGAGAGCCUUCAUGGAGGGAGACCACCGAAGGUGGGAUACCCACCUGCACAAAUUUCGUUUCGCCUUCAACACGGUGGAGCACAGCUCCAUCCAGACGAGUCCAGCAUUUGCGAAUUUCGGUAGAAAUCCUCUUGCUGCGGUAUCCCUUCGACGCGAGCUCGAAGGAGACGUCGAAAUAAUCCCUGGCGAACCCCAGGAAUGGGUUGAAAGGAUGCGGAAGCUGGAGAUGCUCCGGAAAAUCCUCAUUCACGCCAUGCGAGAAUCCGCUGACAAGCAGGCCCAUCACUAUAAUCUCCGUCGACGAGACGUCGAGUUCCAAGAGGGUGACCUCUUCAUGAGACGUUCCCUAUCGAAUGCGGUCAAGCGUUUCUCCGCGACCCUUGUGCCACCAUUCGAAGGUCCUUUCGUCGUUCAUAAAAAGAAUUCAUCACCGGAGGUCACCACCACUACCGAGGCAGAAUGCCUGACGGUGGACCUGACGGGAAGCCCACCACCUUCACCUCCCCUAGGCUUGGAGACCAAGGACGAGCCGGCGCCCACCACCAGUCAGCAAGCGGCGUUGUUGAACGCCCAGCUCGCCCUGGAAUGCGUCCUGUUCCAGGAGGGGAUCCCGGUCGAAGACCUUGACGAUUAUUCAUUCCUGGAAGAGGAGGUAGUCGAACAGCUGGGCUCACCUCCGUGCCCGCAGCGCUACUCCCCAGAGACGGAGGCGAUUACUCCGCCAUCCACGGCCGCACUCGUCCGACCGAAUCAAGAACGAACACCUCCAAGGGAGCAACCCGGAUCACCCCUUCGCUUCCCACGUUUCUGGGAUCCUAUCGGACCCUGGCUCGCCGACAUCAGGAGCAUUGAAAAGACGAACCCAGGUUUCGCUGACGCCCUGUCCACCUGCUCCCUUGCUCCACUUCAGCAACUAACAAGAUGGAGGUAUGAGAUCCCCCCUCUUCCAUUGGGAUUUUUGGAGAUCACCACCACGGAAGAGAGGGAGGAAGUUGUAAUCCCCGACGUACCGUCGGUGGCACAGUUCGAAGACCCCACUGUCUCGUCAGUUCCAGAUCUCACGUCUGAGUUAUCCGAUAUUCUACCGGCCCCCUCAAGUCCACGAAUCCCCGACUCACAAUCGAGCUCUUCGAGCUCUUCGAGCUUCUCGAGCUCCAGCUCAUCCUCCUCGAAUUCCAGCAGUUCCGUCGAGACAUGUCUGGAGCCAGAGGACGGAGAUCCAGUUCGUCAACCUGGUUUAGGGGAAUCCGUAAAAUCCCUAUCACAUCCAUCCUCGGGCGCAGAAGUACCCCAGGUCACUUCCAUCUGGAGCUGCGAGAGUAAUGUCAUCGAAUUCAUAGAGCUCGAUAAUCAGGAGGAAUUCUCGUUAGCGAGCACGACCCCGGGACCAACCUCACCACAUCCGACUCCAUCAGCCCCUAAGGUAGAGUCGAGUCUGCCAAAUCCGCUCCUCACGAGUACGAGAGUGAGCGAGAAAGCCCAUCCUGGUCAGUCCCCGGAAGUCCGGGAUGGCCAGAGAACCUCCGCCAGAGCUACCCUGGAUAUGCCUCCGGCGGUCACACCAUCAUCACCUCCGACGAAGGAACCUCAGGAGAGAACGGCGCGACCACUCCGACUGUCACCACUGCCAACGCACCACCGGCUAUUCCGAGUAACCCCAGAGGACCCAGUAAUCGGCAAACCCCCGACCAUCAAGAAGGGACUCGGCCCAAGCGCGAUAGGGGGCAACAAAGCAAGUCCCAAGGAGGAAAAAGACGUAAGCCGAGGCCAUGGUGCUUUGACUGUCGCAAGCACGGUCAUCCACACCAGAUAUGUCCCAACCCAACCGGGGACACCUUUUGCCAUCAGUGCCCCUCCAGACUCAGUGCCUACCAGAGGUGUCCGGAGCACGGGUUUGUGGCCAACCCCGGGGCCAGGUCGAAAACCCCCGAAGCUAACAUCGGCAGCAGAGGACUGCAGGCCUCCUUUGGAAGCCGUUCCAAGGAAUCAUUCAGUCGGUCCAGCUCCAUCGACGGGUGCUACCCCCCGCCGUUCUCGUUCAGGCAGUCAAGGCCCCAACCGAGAGCACCCCAGGGUCGGGGAACCUCGGGAGAGAUCUCGUCCGAGAUCACCACCAAGGGCAUCCCACGAGCGCUUUUGA